GCAACACUGGUCCCUAGGUGCUACUAACCUCCAUUAACCCAUAGAUGCAUUAACCUAUAUUUAUUUAUGGAGUAAUUUUUAUUUAAAAGCAACUCGAAGUCAUACUGCUCCAAGUGUUUCAUAUUUUAUUAAAAAAAUGACUGAGCAAAUUGUUGUGGAAUUAGAAAAUGCGGCUCGGGUUCUUAUGGCUCCACCAAAUGUGGUUUCAAAUGAACAAAGACACUCUGCAGAAACAAUUUUUUUAGAUUUCAGGAGAAGUAAAUCACCUUAUGGAAUAUGUAGGGAAAUUUUAGAAAAAUCUGAAAAUCAAUAUGUUAUGUUUGAAGCUGCUGAAGUACUUAGAGGUGCCAUAAUAAGAGAAUGGGCCUUCCUGUUGGAUUCUGAUAAGUCAUCCCUCAGACAGUAUUUAUUGCAAUAUGUAACAACUAAAGAAUUGCCCUCUUUCGUAAGAGAGAGGAUAUUACAAGUUAUUGCUAUUAUGGUAAAGAGAGCAAGUAUAGACGACAGUGGAAGAGAGAGAUCAAGUAUUUUACAAGAAGUUGAAAAUCUUAUAGUUAAUGCGGAACCGAACAAGAAAAUUUUGGGAUGCAAUAUUAUAUCAAAUUUAAUGCAAGAAUAUGCAACCACCAUAAAAUCAACAGACGUUGGACUACCAUGGGAAGUACAUUUCAAAGCUAAGAAGCAAUUUGAAGCCACAGACUUGAAGAGAAUAUUUCAGUUUUGUGUGUAUCUUCUGUCAGAGGUUGUCAAGAAUGACCCCCCAUAUUCACCAGAGUUCAUCGACCUUGUGGGACAUCUGUUGAAGAUUACCGAAAAAGUUUUGACAUGGGGAUACGUUUCACCAAUUCUUCCGAAAAGGCUCAUUGGUAUUUAUGAGUCUGUAUUUGAAUCAGAUGCAGCACCUUCCUUGAAACUAACGGAAUCUUGGUCUGAGAUAAUUCUCAAUCCUGAGCUGUUACCCUUGAUGUUCCAAAUUUAUUGGAAAGUUAGAGAUUCUGAUCAUUUGGCACAUCACUCAAUGGCUUGUUUAGUACAAUUUGCAACUCUCAGUGGUGGAGUUAUAGCUUCUGACGAAUCCAGAAAGGAAUACUUGAAUUCAUACUUGAUGUCAUUUUUGAAACUGUUGUUAAACAUAAAAAUCAAAAGUAAGGAAUCUCUUGGAAUAUCGAAUAUCGUGAAAAAAUUGGUUAUAUUUUUUAUCCAUGAUAUAACGAAACUUCAGCCUUCUUUACAAGACACAUUACUUGAUGAAUUCACAAGGUUAACUUGUCAUUUUUGUGAAGAAGCUACUCUCGAAGAAAACAGCGAAGAAGACAAAUUUUUCAGUGAAGCCUUUGACAACAUGUUAGAAGCUUGGCCACCACUUAUUCAAGAAUAUAGCCUUUCACGGGGAGAUAAGUUCCCGGUAUGUUCACAACGAAUAAUUAGCAUGUAUAUUGAGUGUCAUUUAGCACCACCUGUUGGAACUAGACAAGUCUCUUCCUGUGAUCAGGAUGAAAUAGAGGACAACGAAGAUAAUGAUAGAAUUCGAUACAGGGAUCAACUGCAAGUAAUAGGAAUGUUUGGAAGAGUAGUUCCUCAUCAUACAUUACCUGUAUUAUUCAGGCUAUUAGAAGCAAGAAUUGACAAACUUGUGGAGCAAAUACAAGUGAUGCAGUCUCGUGCAAUGACCAUUUCCGAAGCAGUAGCUCUGGACGGCCUUUUUGAAGAUAUUCAUUGGAUUAUACUCAUUGCUGGGCAUGUGUUAUGUAUGGAUAGUGAUGGAGAGACACCUAUGAUUCCUUCCGAAAUAAUGCAUCAUUCGCUGGAACAACAUAUUUGCCAUAAAGCAGGUUUAGAAGCCUCCUUGAAGUGUAUUGCUGCAAUCGAGUCAAAAGUUGCGAAACCAGAAAACUUUGAACAGAGUGAUCAUGUAAUUCGUAUUGUUUUCGAUAUUAUGAAAUUAUGUACAAUCGAAGAUUUUGCAGCAUCUGUCAAUUUGGCACAGUUUAUGAGCCCUGAAGUUGGAUCAUCGAUUAUGUGGUUCUUGAAAAGAUGGUGCCUUUCAUAUUUAUUACCUGUGGACUUGUACUAUCAAGAGUUGAGUCCAACUUUAAUUGGCUGUUUGGGAAAAGAUACGGAAGGAGCUAAAUUGCUUGUAAGCUCCGUUUUAUCCAAGAUACGAUCCAAUAUAUAUCACUUUAAAUCUGAACCGAUCCUGUUGAGAGAUACUGUUGAUUUAUUUUGCGAUAUCUGUGUCAAGUACAAGUCCAAUCCCCUUGUUGAUACUGCAAGUAUGAGAAAUCUGAUAAACCUUUUCCAAGAGUUAGAACCUGGUUGUCUUCCUCCGAACAUUCUUCGAGGUCUUUGUAAGGGAUUUGUUUUGGCUGGAGCAGCCCUACAAAGUGCAAGGGACCCGGAUAGUCUUCAUACAAUGAACAGAUAUUUGGAAAUGAUUUUGACUCCUAUUCAGCAAAAAUUCAAAAACCUAUUGGAACACGGAGAUUUCACCAGAAUAAGCGGACAAGAAAGAGUACAGAAAACAGUAAUUGAUUUGCUAGAGUGUCUUAUAGGUGUAGCAAAGGGCUCUCUGAUGCCAAGUACAAUAUCAUUAUUUCAAUUCUUAGCUCCCAUCCUCAGUGAACUACACAUCCUUCUGACAAUUUACAGCAGCUAUCAGGUCAUAGUACAUCUCAUUUUGGAACUGUUUGGUCAGUGUGCUAAAUAUAUGUUGUGUUAUCUAUCCCCUUUGGACAGUCAACGUCUCUAUGAGAGCGCUUUAGCAACAGUGCAGGCUUAUGCAAAAUGUAACGCGGGACGUUUCACUGCCGAAAAGUUUGCAGAAGAAAGUAGCUGUCAGGAUUUGGCUCUUGUUCUGGAUCUCCUUACUUUCAUUCUCUCCAAAGAUUGUAUAGAUCUCUGCACCGAAACUAACCAUACAGAGACCAAUAUAACAGCAUCAGACGUUUCACUUUUUGGACUUAAUUUCAUUAUGCCCUUGAUGACAUUGGACUUGUUGAAAUACCCUAGUUUAUGUGCUCAGUAUUAUAGACUUUUAGUUUUGAUCAACGAUAUCUACCCAGAAAAAAUUUGUAACCUGCCAUCAGAUUUGUUGCAAACAUUACUGAAGUCGAUAGAAUUGGGAUUAACAAACUUUGGUCCUGAUAUUGUUCAGGCAUGCUUAGAUUUUAUUCAAGGAAUGGCAACUUAUAUUUUCAAACAUAAUAUGUUGAAUACACCUUUCUACCAAGCAUUGAGACCAUUUUUGAAAUUACUGAUGGACUUAACGUUGACUCAUCAAAUAAAUUCAGAUUCAAUGAUCUACGCUAGUACAGCGCUUUACGUAUUAAUAUGCUGCUAUCAAGAAGACUAUAAAUUGCUUGUACAGAGUUUAAUACAAAUGCAAACUGAUCCAAUGAUAGGAGAAAGAUUAGCAGCAGCAUUUAAUAAUUUGGUUAAUAACAUAGACAUGACUUGCGAUCGACUUCCAAAGCUAAAAUUCAGAGACAAUUUUGAUAGGUUUAUUGCCAACGUACAUGGUUUUUUGUUGGUCAAAUAGUUUAGCGGAACUCAACUGCUUUGAUAAUUGAAUACUCAGUGAGAGGUGUAUGAAUUUUUGAGAUAAAUUUUUAUAAUAUGGACCAACCAAAAUGGAAACUUGCUGUGUAUGUAAAUUGAAUAUAUUCUUAAAAAAAACAGGCUAUUGCUGCCUUAUUAGUCAGUGUUUUGUGUAGAUACUGGUAACAUUUUUUUAAUGUAUUUUUCCAAGAUAAAGUUGAGCAAAUAGAAGUAUUUUUUCAUGAUUCCUAAUGCUCUGUUUUUUUGUAGUGAUAGGAACUUUUUAUCAAGAAAAUAUGAAGGCAGUUUUGUCUUGACUGAUCAGAAUGUCUUUCAAGUGAGAGUAUCAAAUCAUAAUUUUUCAAUGUUUACCUUCAACUUAUGCAGUUUUUAGAGUGGAUGUCAAUAUUGUUUCUAAAACAAAAACAAUAUUAUUUUUUAUGUUCGAUUCCAUCAGAAAAAUAUUGAGAAGCUGGCAAUGUUUACUUUGACAAACAUUAAAUAUUGUUAUUAGGUUAAUAUAAAAAUAAUAUAUUGUUAACACUUUGUUAAUCGUUGUUUGUGUUGAUCGAAUUUUUUUUAGUUUUUGACAUUCUUACAGGAUAGGAUUGAAUAAAAAAGUUAAUUCAGUUAAUCCUUAUUUAUAAACAUCUAAUGUUUCUUGGGAUAAUGAAGACAGUAUAAUUAAUAUCAGAUUUAGAGAGAUCCAUCUCAGCUAUGCUCAAAUAUUCUAAGAAUUUCCGUGCAUGAAGGCAAGAGAGAUUUUUGUUUUUUGGAGUUGUUACUGAUGAAAAAAAUUUCAUUUAGAACAGGUUUUUUUAUAGUUUUAUCCGUUUUUGAAGAGCAACCUUGCUAUGCAAUGUUUUUUGCUCAUCUCAAAAAUACUCAAACCAUUUGAAAACAUAUGAGGUGACAAACCUGAAUUGGCACUCACUUCCUUAAUGAAAUGGGUAUUAAUAGUUUUUUCGAAUUUUUCAUGAAAAUUCCUUGACAAUUCAUUACUAGAUCAAAACACUUAUAAUUUUUUUGUCAAAACGAAGACAUGAAUCUUAUACAAAUGAAAUUCACAGGAGAGGUUGCAAUUGAAAGCUUCAUGCAAUAUAUCACUAACUCCUUUUUCAAUUUCGUUUCACAGGUCUGUACAUGAAGAAUAUAAUGGUGACCAAUUCAUCAUGACAUUCUUGUGCACAAGUGAAAAAUUUGUACCUGUCCUACGAUCCUCUGAAGUGUUAACAGUUAUAAGACAUAUCACUCUACUUUGUUUGUAUUGAAACUUUAGAAUGUUUGGUUCGACCAAUAUCUUGAGAGACAUUUGAGAAAGAUACCUCACAGAGGAAAUGCUUCUUGUUUUUCCAGCACUAGGAUAUCACUGAAAUCAAUCGAGUGAUCACCUAGAGACUGGUUUUAGAGGUGUUACCCCUCUACAGUUCACAACAGAUCCAGUGUAGGAAAUGUCUGUUAACUAUAAUUAUGUUUAUCAAUACCAAGAAUCAUACUGUUUUUAUAGAAGGGCAUUUCAUCAUUAAAACCCCAAGCAAAAUUAAUCAAAAUAAAAAUCGGUCUGAUUACUGUGUAGAAGAGAUAUAUUUAUCAGAAAAAAUACAUAUUUCAAAAAGAAUUCGAUAUAUUCACCUCUCCCAACGUUUCUACACCUUGGAAUUUAGCAAAUUCCAACCGGAAAACAACUUAUUCAAGAAACACUUUAUUGUGAGAUUUUCAGAACACAGUUUAUAAAAAACCUACUAUUGGUCACCAUAUCGAUAAUCUGACCUCAGAUUCAUUACCAGUGCUAUCAAAAACACCCAGAUAGAAGUUGAAACCGUUUUUCAGGCAUAUUAAAAAAUUGACCCAUUUUUGGAAGCCCUUGGGAGAAUCAUGAUCUACUAUGAGUCAUGAUAUCAAUCUUACCUCAGAUCGAUAAUCAGCGAUCUCAGCAGAUUUUUAGUUGUGAAAAUACUCAGACAGUCCUACUGUUGGAUUAACGAGAAGCGUCUGCAAGACUAUCCUCCGAGGUGUGUCUUGCAUAGAUGCCUGUCAGAUGAUUCAUUGUCCACUAUUACGAGGAAUUUUCUCCUACUUCCGAUUUUAUUUCUUUAUGUGUGUAUUGAGAGUGAUAAUAAUUAUAUUUCAAACUAAAACAGAUAUGUGCACUUGAGUAUUUGCACUGACUGUUCAAAUGAUAUACAUGGUUUUUAGCAGAUACCAUUUUUAUAAUGAAGGUUUCUAGCAACAAUUAUUACCAAUGUUCAUGUGAAUAUUGAAGAUUCAAUUAAAGUGGCAUAUAUUAUCUGUACUUUCUUUUAUUUUGCAUUGUUUCAAAUUUCGUUUUUUAUUAACUCAAACAGUAAUGUACUAGAUUUGAAAAAGAUUCAUUUUUAAAAACAAUUUUAGGAUUUGUAACAGUAGUUGUUUCUUGAAUGUAAUUGCCCUUAAACUUUUUGAUAACAAUAAUAAAUGUUUUAAUUGAAUGAUGGCUGUAUUUUCCAAAUAAAUGAAUAAUUUUCAUUUUA